AUGGCGCCUGCCCCUGCGAUGCGUGAGGAUGCUCGGGAUGUGUGGCUCCAACCUGCGGAGGAGGAAGUCCAGCUUGUGAUGGAGCGCCUUAAAGUGGAUUCCGAAGAGGCACGCCGAGUCCUGUCGAAGGGUCUCCCACCAGGAUGGCUUGCAUGCCGCACAGAUGACGGCGAAGCCUACUAUCACAAGCCCAGCACAGGUGUGUCACAAUGGCAACAUCCUGGUCGCGCCUGGAUACCUUCAGACAUGAGCCAGCUGGCUGCCUCACUCAUGCGGCCUCGACGCAAAGGGGAAGCUGGAGCAGACUGCGAGUCGCAAGAGACCUCGGCUGCUCAUUCAGUGUACGAUGCACGCAGCCGCCACGUGGAGCUAGACACCCCUGACACUUUGUUCACCGCUACGCCGAGCAUCGUGCGCGAAGAUGUCGUUGGCCGUGCAUUUGCGCUCCGGAACAUCCUCACGCCGGCGGAAGCUGCAACCUACGUGGCCUCAGCCCAGAGAAGCGGUUUUGGCCACAGCGAUGUGUCACGGGAGUUCCCUGCAUCGCUGCGGAACAAUUCGCGUCUGAUCCACUUCAGCGAUGCGCUUGCUCUAGCCUUGUACAGACGGCUAGCACCCUACCUUGCGCAUCGCGACGUGUAUCUCGUGCAGCCGAUGGGCUUCGGGGCCGAGGGUCGAUGGAAGCCGGUUGGCAUCAACCCGUGCUUUCGCAUCUCGCAGUACAAGGAGGGAGAGCACUUUGCAACUCACUGCGACGGGAUGUAUGCUAACGACAACGACGAGUGCAGUAUCUACUCCGUCGUCAUGUACCUGAACGAGGACUACGAGGGUGGCGAGCUUGAAUUCACCGACUCCGGCAAACGCUUCCGGCCGACAGCCGGCACUGCAGUGCUGCUUCCACACGACCUUUCACAUGCUGGACUUGAGGUCAGCAAGGGCAUCAAGUAUGUGGCUCGGAGCGAGCUCAUGUUCCGCUGCGUGGAUCGCCGUCCCCCGCCGUCAAUUCCAAAGUAUGCUGACGAUCCCUUGUUCCGGCGCAUGGCGGCCCUCUACGAGCAGAUAGGGGAUUUGGCUGCAAAGGGAGAUGCCUCAGUGACCACCAAGGCUUAUCAGGAGGCGCUUGGCCUGCAGAUUGCACACCAGGGAACUGAUGCCAAGCGACGUGCCACGAACCCCCUCCCUUUCGAGGAGAAGUCACUGGAGCACAUCCUUGGCUUUCUGCAUCCUCUGGAGGUCGCGAACAGCUCCUCUGUAUGCUUCAGAUGGCACAACGUCACACUGGCAGGUGCGCUCUGGCAGAGCUUUUGCCGACUUCGAUGGCCGAACGACAGUGAGGUGUUGGAAGGACUGGCCUAUGACUUGGAGCCGGAGUUGAAGGACUGGAUGGGCAUCUACCGAAGGCAACACAUCCUCGAAGGAAGUGCUCCAGUUUGUGUGGUUUUCUUAGCCUCCACUAUUUCAUGCUGGGCAGACGGAGCUGAGCAGGAGACCUGUGUGCCGGCCAUUUUCUCGCAUGAUGUGGAUGGCGUUAGAUGGGACUGCUCCUUCAAGCAGAGAGUUGGCUGGAUUUGCGGUGGCAACCUCUUGGACAAGAAGCGUUUCUGGCACGGCAACGCACAGGCGCUCAAUGCGCGGCGCUUGGAACAACCAAAGCGAGGAUAUGCUUUUGAAGGAAACAGUUCAUGUGGUGGCGAGUACACGAUGCCGGAUGUUGGCAAGGUCGAUUUUCAAACAGUGGCAGAGGCAUUCUCUUGGGCAUUCCGAAAGCUGGGAAUCAGGGCGACCGACUACCAGCUGGUUGCCCCGCUCCUACCGGGCUUGCUGAAGCAGACGGGUCGUGCGCGGCUGGCGCAGAUAUUGACGCAGCGGUUUGAGGUCCCCCGGCUCUCCUUCGUCGACGCACCCCUCUGCGCCCUGCGUGCCCGAGGGCUCAAGACUGGAACUGUGAUCUGGGGAGAGGAGCUGAGCAGGUCAGCCGUGUUUUUCUACUUGGAUGAUGAAGAAGUGCUGGUGUCCCAGGACUUCCACUUCAACUCGGCCAAAGUAGAGGACGUGCUCUUGCUUCUGGCCCAGGCAAGAAACUUGGGCCCCGACCGAUGCGCCGCUGUGCUGGCAGACGUGGUUUUGUCGCCACAGCCGUACUUGCAGGAGGAGAACAGACGGGGUCCGGGGAUCAACCGCACCCCGCCUGCCUGGGCUGAUCCUCAAACGCUGAAGGCAGCUUUGGACCUUCUCCACAUCGCCACUCGCCUUCACGAGCCUUUGGCCGCGGACGUUCUUUGCGGGGCAAGGUCUAUGGCGGGUGAUUUGCCACUCGUGGCGCCACCUGCUGUCUCCCACAUGUGGCAAUGGCGCGUACAUGCUGACGGACAGUGGCUUGUGCUGCCGCGGUAUGUGGCAGGGGUCUUCGAGGGCGCGCUUCGUGCAGGCCACAGGUACGCUGCCGUUCAGACGCGAACUCGCUACUGGCCGGGCCACAGCGGCCCCGCGCACACCCUCUACUUAGUAGCAGAUCUGGAUUCGGAUUCCUGCCGUGUGGCCUUGUGCAGGUCAGCCUUUGCCAAUGUACCCUUUGCCCCAUAUAUUAUCAGAUCAGAGCUCGGGAAGGAUAUGCCUUGUCAGCCCAUUGGUGAUUGGUGCAGGUUGACUCGGUUUGUUCGCGGGAAGCCCUCUGAGACUCCGGAUCUGCGCAAGCCGGAAGACAUCGAAAGGGAGUCAAGGAGUCAGGAGGAGGUGGUCGCCGUUGAAGGGCCAGCUGUCCACGUCCGCAACCUCGCAGGACGGCUCGUCUUCUCGAUGCCGACCGACAAGGUGCUGGCCUGCGGAAUGCUGGAGUUCACGGAGCAGCCUGCCCUGAGCCUCGGGGUGGAGGCAACCCGCCUCAAGCUCCUCGAUGGCGCAGAGGAGCUGGAUCCGCACGAAGACUUGGUUCGGCGCAUUUCGUCUCAUGAAGUGUCGGAGUUCCAGGUGCUAAUUUGCCCCAAGACUGCCACAGACCCCCGAGAAAACGAACCGCGUGAGUCCAUCCCAGAAGAUCUUCCUGGAUGUCAAACCGAGACCGGCUACGACAACUUCAUGAACGCCAUCAACAAGAUCCAGGAAAAUAGGCAGUUUUAA